AUGGAGUCCAGCGGCGUGUGCCGUGUUCAAGACGUGCUGUCUCCCGUUCCGCGUCGCCUGCUAUUCUCGAGUUCAAUGCGCCGUUUCCUGUCAUUGAAGGGAUAUCGCAACGGUCGUCGCUCGAUGUGGGGUUUUCCGCUCAACAUGACGCUCGCCAUCGCCAUCCUCGCGCUCCUGCCGCUUCUGCUCGGCGUCAGAGCGGACGAGGUUCAUCUGUCGAAUCGCGCUAUCGCGUAUCAAAUCUGGCCCGGAGGCGGCGGCGCGUUUAACCCGGGAGGUGACAGCGGAGGGGGAAGCAGCAGCGGAGGGGGAACCAGCAGCGGAGGGGGAACCAGCAGCGGAGGGGGAACCAGCAGCGGAGGGGGAAGCAGCAGCGGAGGGGGAAGCGGCGGCGGUCAAAGAAGCGGCAGCGGAGGCGGCAGCGGCAGCGGAACUUUCCCAGGUGGUGGUGGCACUGGAAGCGGCGGUAACCUCUUCCCGUCCCCCCAGUCCCCUUCUGGUGGCAGUUCCCCUAGCAACCCUCCCUCGUCCUCAUCACCUCCUUCCUCCGGCAGCCCCCCGAAAUCCUCCUCUCCGCCCGUGCAAUCGUCUCCUCCGGCCGACCAGUCUCCGCCUACCUCGUCGUCGUCCUCCCCUCCCGUUAAUCGGUUCAAGACAGGUCCCCCGUUUGGCCCGCCUAAGGCUCCGGAUUUCCAAGCGCCCCAGUCACCGCCAUGGCAGUUCCCGCCUUAUCAAUCCCCGCCCAUUCCACAGUCCCCGCCGAUUCCACAGUCCCCGCCCAAGCAGUCACCGCCUAAAGAGUCUCCGCCCAAGCAGUCCCCGCCCAUGCAGUCCCCGCCGCAGCAGUCCCCCCCCAUCCAGUCCCCUCCCAAACAAUCCCCUCCCAAACAGUCCCCGCCCAAGGAAUCCCCGCCCAACUCUCCACCCGUUUAUCAAUCUCCUCCCAACUCCCCACCCGAUUGGUCGUCCCCUCCUCAUUCGCCUCCGUUUUCCCCUUCACCCUCCUUGUCCCCGCCCCGAGCUUCCCCCCCUAAGAAGUAUACAAACUCGUCUCCUCCUGCGCAACCUCCACCCUCUCUCUUCCCCGCACCAUUCCCACCGUCCUAG